AUGUCUGAACCAAAGAAGUCCCUUGAGGAUCUCUUGCGUAUGCUCGCGAUGGGCCAUCAGCUCACAGAGUCGCAACAGAAGGACAUGACCGACUACAAGUUCUGGAAGACGCAGCCGGUUCCCAACUUCACCGACAAGAUCGAGACGGAGGGCCCGAUCGAGCGCGCGAAGCGCCCGGAAGACAUACCCUCUCAACCAUUCCCUCUCCUCAGCGACUUUGAGUGGGUGGACAUGGACCUCACAAGCCAGGAAGACCUCACGGCGGUGCACGAGUUGCUCUACGAAAACUACGUGGAGGACCAGGACGCCACAUUUCGCUUCAACUACUCAACCGAGUUUUUCAACUGGGCGCUUAAGCCGCCGGGCUGGAAGAAGGAGUGGCACGUGGGGGUACGUGUGAAGGCUACGGGACGCCUUGUCGCUUUCAUCUCUGCGGUCCCGAUCACGCUCGAGUUGCGUACGCGCGCGAUCCCGUCGGUAGAAAUUAACUUCCUCUGCAUCCACAAGAAGUUGCGUACCAAGCGCUUGGCACCGGUGCUCAUCAAGGAAAUCACACGCCGUGUCAACCGCCACGAUAUCUGGCAGGCGUUGUACACCGCGGGGAUCGUCUUACCGGCACCCGUCGCGACGUGCCGCUACACGCAUCGUCCGAUCAACUGGGCAACCCUCCACGAUGUCAAGUUCUCGCAUCUCCCGCCCAACAAAACGAAGGCGCAGAUGGUGGCGCACUACGCCGUGCCGCUCACGACCUCCACUGUGGGCUUGCGUCGCGCGGUGCCUGCGGACGCCCCGGCGAUUCACGCGCUUUUCGACCGCUACCAGGCGCACUUUGACUUGAUCCAGACCUUCACACGCGCGGAGGUCGAUCACUGGUUGAUGGGGGGUGAAUCCACCGUCGAUGGUGCUUCCAAGGUUGUCCAUACGUACGUAGUUGAAACCGAGGGCAAAAUCACCGACUUUUUCUCCUUCUACUUGUUGCCAUUCACCGUGUUGGGCAACCCACAGCACGAUCAGUUGGGUGUCGCGUACUUGUUUUACUACGCAUCCGACACGGGUCUCGAUGCGGACCGCUUCGACGCGCAUGCCACCGCCGCAUUGGCCACGCGCUUGACCGCCCUUAUGGGUGACGCGCUCGUCAUCGCGCAGCAGCUCGGUGUUGACGUCUUCAACGCCUUAACCUCCCAGGACAACAACUUGUUCAUGAACGAAUUGAAAUUCGGCGCCGGUGACGGCUACCUCAACUUCUACUUGUUCAACUACAAGUCGUUCCCUAUCACCGGUGGGAUCAAUCCGCAGACUAAAGAGAUCGAUGUGGCUGCCAGAAGUGGUGUUGGUGUGGUCAUGUUGUAG